CUUAAAAGCUACAUUCAUCUAUCUAUAAAAUUCUAAUUGUGUGUAAAUGUAAUAUUUCGCUUUUGAUUUAAUUAUUAUAUUUUAUUUAAAAUGUAUCCCUAAACCUUUUUGCAAAUGUGCUAUCAAAAUCUUACUGUUAAACUAUACUAUAUUUUUUUUAAGAACCUUAGAGUGCUACCUAUGUGUUGUAUCUAUUGCAGAGCAUUCCGUAUUCGUUGCUUUCGCCUGAGGGGGAACUCCUUCCUUCUGCUGCUGUGUUGUUGUCGUGUUGCAAGCUUAUUACAAUUAAGCAAUUUAUAUAAUUUCUAAUUAUUUCUUAUCAUCCGCAUGACAACUCUGUGAAAAAUGAUAUAUAUAAACCCGGCACGAGCAGACGGAAGGAGGUGCCUGUUUUGGUGGCAGAGCCGAGGAAAAAUAAAGUCGAGAUAGAUCGCUUUUAGCCUGGUCGCAGAUGCAAAGAUACGGAGCUGCCGAGAUACAAAGAUACAGAUGCACACAUACGUAUACCGCCAAAGACUUGAAACCGCCUUGUGAUUUAUAUUUACUUUUGUUUAUAUUUUAAUGUGUGUAUUUUUUCCCGCUCUUUUUAUGUUUUUUUUUUUAACUAUUUCUCAUUGUACUUCUUAACCUUUUUGCUAAGUCUUCUGAGAGGUCUUAAUUUCCCUGCUGCUCUGGGAAGAAUGUAACCUGCUGUUGUGGCUGAUUUCUUGCGGCGAUUAUGGUACACGAUAAUUGGCCGCAAUUACCAACGGAGCUGGAAGUUCAAAGUCAGGGUCAUGGGGCGCUGAGAUUUUGCCGUCAAGUUCAACGAGCAUUUGGGGGGCAACAAAAAAAAUUACAUCAAUAUAUAUAUAUACACCUUUUUUUGGCAAGAAACUCCAGUCGAAAUGGAAAACAAAAAAGAGGAGAUCUUGGGCUGUGACUUUGAGAUCCGUGGCAAAGUUCCGAAAGAGGCCUUUGAACUGUUCGCAGUGGCCCAGGCCAAAACGCUGGGUCUGCGGGGAUUCAUCACCCAGGUCUCGGAGGAGAAGUUCAAGGGUCGUCUGGAGGGCGAGGGCAAGGUGAUCGAUGCCUUCAAGAAGCUAGUCCUGGCCGCCGCCGAAUAUGUGCAGGCCAUCAAGGAGUUCAUCAUCAAGAACCUGAAGGUCAUCCAGGAGUACACCUAUAAGACCUUUGAAAUCAAAGUGGAGCAAAAGUAAACCCACCAAAAUUAAGAAAUCACUAAAUAUUUGAAAAACCAUUAGGUUUUAUUUAAAAUUUGUAGCGAUUAAUAUUUAUAAAAUAUUGUUUCCCCCCAAAAAUCUUUUUUUUUCGCCUUACGUUGCUACUUUAUAAAUGU